AACCAUUCACGAUGGCAAAGAGGCUGAAAAUGACCGAAGAUAUGACUGAGCCCCCGAGUGACGACAUUCAUGUACCAAGUACAAGUAGUCAAACAAAUGGAUUUGAUGACGUCAUCAUCAAAGUAGCAGACGCCAUAUCAGCAGAUUGUGAUUUAAGGAGACUUGGUCUUGAGCUGGGAGUCCAGACUUCUGAUAUUAACAGGGCAUUGGAGACGAAUUGGGCUGGAGGUAGAAAGACCAGUAAUGGUAAUGUAAUGCUGCUUCAGAACUGGGCAGAGACGGUCAAACCAUCCAAGCAACUUCCCAUUCUUAGAGCUGCUGUCCAGGCGGCGGGCUUGAAAGAAAUAGAGGAGACGUGUCUGCAAAGAAAAGGUGAACAUGGUGAGAUGCCUGACGAAGUACAACGAUUAAGAGAGAAGUUACAGGCUAGAUAUAUCGAAGAAUUUAGCGAGGUCAAAGUAUCUCCUAUGGACCCUGAAUCACGCACAUGGCUGCAGCAUAUCUUCGUCAGUCUCAUUUUAAUGUUAGGGCGUAGAGGAGAUCAGAAAAAAGAAAUUCACUAUGAGGAUCUGUUCAGUUUCAUUCGAAACAAGACUGAGAAAGGAUUCAUAACACGGUUAGCCUUUCUUGGAGAAGCUGGUGUAGGCAAAUCGACAUUAUUUGCAAAAAUAGCUCUCGAUUGGGCGACGGGUAAAUGUCUCCAAGAUUUCACUCUUCUCUUUCACGAAUCAUUUCGAGACAUACAAGAUAGCCCCUCCUUUGGUGAUAUCGUUAUGAAUCAUUUCCCAGAUGACACAGCGAUUAACGGGGAAUCGAUUGAUAAAUACAUCAAGGAGAAUCAAAGGAAAGUUCUGAUCUUACUGGACGGACUGGACGAGGCUAAAAUGGACAUCACAUGUCCAAACCGUAAACUUGCUAUCGUCUCGAUCGCAAGGAGGGAGAGAUUCAUUGACACAUCCGUUCUCAUUAGUUCACGUCCUUUUGGAGCUGAUCAAAUCAAAAGCAUUCCGAGAAUCCAUGAAAAGUACUCCUAUAUACUUGUUGAGGGUUUUACGAAAGAAAACACAAAUCAAUACAUCAAACAGUUUUUCAAUAAUGACAAUGCUUCUGCAUCCAGUCUCAUUCACUUCAUGAACAUUAACAGUGUAGUUUCUGAGUUUAUGGCACCAUUCCCAAUCUUUUGCUGUAUGCUGUGUUACAUGUGGAAAGUAGAAUCUAAGCGCGAAACAACUGAGAAGCUACAAACAAUCUCCCAACUAAUGAAAGAGAUCGAGUUCGCUCUUAGCGAGCAAUAUUCAUCAAGAUACACUGAUAUUGAGGGAGGGUAUCAACGUCAUAUGGAGAAGGCUGUUGAAGCCAUUACAAAGGUCGGUCAUGUGGCAUUCGAGGGGUUGCUGAAUAAUAAGCUCAUCUUCACCAAAGAGGAAAUGGAAGCCUGCGAUGAGGCUGAUGAUGAUGAUGCGGUGAUGGCAGUAGCAGUAGCAUGUCAGGUUGGGAUUUUGAGUGGGAAAAAGAGGUUAGCCUCAAAGAAAAUCAGACAAAAAGAGGGAAAGCAGUUCAUUCAAGAGUUCUGUUUCCCUCACAAGCUACUGCAGGAACACACCGCAAGCCUAUACCUUGCAUCGCUGUAUAACCACAAUCCUUCGGAAUUCAACAGAAUCUUGACACACAAGCUGUUAAAUGACUACAAGGAAUUCAGAUAUGUCUUGUACUUCACUGCAGCUCAUGGAGGUGAAGUAGGAAAGUCGGUCCUGGAAGCCCUAUGCAAUGAAGUUGAUGACAUGGAGUUCAUCAUUCAGUGUGCAUUUGAAUGUCAUGAUUCAGAAGCCAUUGGUCCCGUCAGGAACCUGUUGAAGACGAAGAGAGAUCUUACGUUACCUAGUAGUCUUUCAUUCGCCGCAUUUCUCGUCACACUGGAACCAAUAGGAAAGGAAGUAGUAAGUUUCGUGAAUAGAAUAAUAGACGUAUCUCAUUUGCAUUCAUCUAAUUCACGAGUGGCCAACCCGCGGCCCGCGAGCUCUCCUGGUGCGGCCCACGAAGCAUUGAAAAAGUAAUUAUUAACAUAGUUCGUUACAAAAAUGCGGGCCGUAUAGCAACGAUGAAAUAGGGUAAAAUGUUUACACACAGCUAUCUCUGUUUCCUUAAUUUGUUUUCAUCAUUCACAUCAUAUUGACUCGUCACGUGGUUGAUACAAAACCCCUCAAAUUCCCUCUCAUUACAUUACAUUAACGACAUUCACUCGCCGUGUUAAUUUCAGUUUGUAAUUUCCGCAUGCAGUAACGUUUGUAAAUAUACAAAUGUUGUGAAUCGAGAAAUAUGUUUGAAAUGCCAUACUUGUCUUGAAACUUACAACCCUUUUCUCCCGCCGUUGAAUUUUCUCAUGAAUCUUAAAGGUAAUACAAA